UUCGCUGUUAGACACCGCGCGAACGUCAGCGGGUUUUGGAUGCAGAUAUUCAUGGAUUUAAGAAGAGAUACAGUCUUAUUUUGUUGGUAGAAGUUCACCAACAUGUCCUACAACAGUUGCACGACGUCUCAUCACUGAAGAGGAACUGCAAGGCGGUAUUUCGUGAGGCGGAAUCCCCUGAUGCUAAUCCACCGCUAGCCUCCAACAAGCUAGCCUCCAACAAACUCCAUCAGUUUUUUUUCUCCAACGAACAAAGUCGAGCUGUCCACGAAUAAACCCAACUGUGAACCAACUUUAAUAGACUUUUCUCGGAGCCACGCCAACAACAUGCAGAAGAAACGCCGUGUUGUUUUUGGUCCGUGAACGCAACACAAGAAUCAAUCGGAGAAACUCGGUCACCGAUUCACCGUCCACGGCACCGAAUUUCAGAAGAAAUCGAAAAGGGAGACCUGUCCUGUGCUGGAGCAAUUUAUUUGUCACAUUGCCAAGACAGGACAAACACUGAUCCCCUGGUUACACUUUAAGGCGUACUUCAUGUUUAGAUUGGAGAAAGUGAUGGACGACUUCCACGCUUCUUCCCUGAAGCCAGAAGUUCAAGAUAAUCCAAACAUGGAACAUGUUUCAUUCGCAGAAAUGAAGAGAAGGAUACUCAACAUGGUGGAAGGCUACAGUGGAAUACCUUUCACUAUUCAGCGUCUGUGUGAACUGCUCAUUGACCCAAAGCAACACUACACAGUAACAGACAAGUUUCUCAGGGGCAUUGAGAAGAAUGUAAUGGUGGUCAGCUGUGUCGGCCCCUCUGCAGAGAAAAAUGGAAGCGUAAGCCGAGCGAAAGGAGUUUUAUUACCAGGCAAUACACCCUUUUAUACAUACAACCGAGCCGUGGCUGCCUCAGAAUUACUGAGACUACCAAAUAGGACCAAAUUGUCACUUUCAACGUCCUUCAAGGGGCUGCCAGAUUGUUCGGCCUAUAAAGGGAUCGAGCAAAGACCCGAGGAAAUAGCUCUGCAAGAUAACGGCAGGGAUUCAAAGCUGAAUGAAAUCAUUUUGAAUAAAGGAAUGAAGAGCAAACACCAUGAGGAGGAGGAGGAAGACGACUGUGAACCCAGCAAAAACAAGAGAGUUCGGCUUGAUGAAAAAGAGUCUGACAUUUCCAGAAAUGAGGAUAAAGAUGUGUCGUCCUGCUGCGAGUCAUCAGAAAGUCCUGAUUCUUCCAAGGAUUCAGAACUCACAGAAACCAGCCUGGAUUUCUCGGCUCUUCAUCAUGACAAGGUGGAGUCUGCAGCGUCAGAAAAGAGCAUGAAUUCUGAGGAGGAUUCUGAAAUGCUUUUGAAAGACACGCAUGCUCCAGUUUUAUCCAGUUCCUUCAUUUCAACAAAAGAGGGCGCUGCUGACAGAUCAAGUGAGCGUAUUUGAGACACUUCAACAUCACCAUCAUGGACUCAACCCACAAGUGCCGCACUUUUUAGCAGGUUUGGAUAUCAAGCAUCGUGAUUCACCUUCAGAGUUGUGAGGAAUUUGAAGUGAAGUAAAUUAAGUUAUGUAUUUAAAUGUUUUUUUGCUUCUACUUUUUUUUUGAAAAACGGUUUUGUACGCUUGUCAUACACAUCCACCUGCACAUAUUUGUAUUAUUAUUAUUGUAUUAAGUAUUUUUCGAACGCAACCAAAGUUACUGUGACAUUUCUAGUAGACGGUAAAACGUUUCAUUAUUUUAACUGAUUUUGUUGUUUUCAUAUCAGUGUUCCUUGGGCCUGGGCUUACUGCUAGUUUUUUUUUUUUUUUACCACUAAAGCAAGUUAAAAAUGACCUUUCUUACUCCCAUCAGCACUUUCCAAUGCUCCAAAUCUUUGGUUGUCUUUACCCCACUGUUACAGACUAUGCAAAAUCCUGCGAGGACAUUUUCACUUCCAAAAGAUACUCAUUUUCAGCGGUGUGAUCUGUAUGUAAAGGAAUUGUUGAGUCAUAUGAGCAAGCACCUAACCUUUUCUUAAACCCUCUCAGGGUGGAUUAAUAAUCUCUCGACUGUCAGCAGGUAUCUGAGAAGCAGCUACAUGUAAACAAAAGCUUCCAUUGUGAUAGGAUUGCUGAUAUUCGUAAUAUCAGCAACAUUAAGCUGAAUAUCAUUUUAAUAUUUGAAGGAGUUCAUUUGCUAUUUAAAACCAUUUGUUGAAACACCUGUUUUGUUAUUAAACCAUUGUGAGAACACUUCCUGUUAUCGAUCAUAAUCACUAUGUCCAACUGCUUUUAUAAUGUCAAGUGUAUGAUGCCCAAAGAUUCAUGUUCAUUUCAUGGCCACAGUUGCUUUCUUGAAGAGUUGUUG